AUGGUAAUUAGUCUUUCAUUAAUUCUUUGUGCUAUUGCUGUGGCUAUUACCGCUUUUACAAGAAAUCGUCAAGAACGUUUAUCAACCGUUGAUAGGAGUACCAAUGCUGGAUAUGAUAUUCAUUAUCAACCACCACGUGAGCAUGCCACCUAUUAUAUGGAUCAUUGUCGAGAUCGAAGUCUCUAA